AUGCUUUCCUGGGUAAGCUUCUGGAUCAAUCAUGAAGCCACAUCAGCUCGUGUUGCUUUAGCGAAAAUUUAUGAAGUUCGCAUAAGCAAAAAUAAAACGAAGGAGAUUUCAUUGCCGUACUCUAUUGAACUGCUGUUUCAUUAUCGAGCCCUUUGCUUUAUCGACGAUUUGUUUGUUGUUCUUGUGGUGGAUAUGCUUAGCCCACUGCUGAUCCUAUCCGUUUGUUCCCUUGUUUCCGCUAGGUUAUUCGGCAAUAGGAGGGAAAGUUAA